AUGCUGUGGCAAGCAGGAGUAACGGCUUUGCUCGCCGUCGGCGCACAGGCUGGCGGUGUUGCCGACCUGGUGGCAGAAGGGGUUCUCACCGGACGAUCACCACAGUCAGUCGAGCAAAGGAUGGAGGAUCAUGUCGACGACCACAUUGUCGUCAGCAGGCAGGCGUCAUCCACCGUGUCACUGAAGCAGAACGGCACCGUCAACAUGGCAGAAUGGGAAGCCCAGGUCAACACCGCCUGUCAGGAUGCGCUCUCGAAGCUGCCCCAGUCGACCAACCCGUCGGGGACUUGCACCUGUUACAACUUGCCGGUCCUGAACACCCAGACCGGUGCUUUCGAGGCGGACCUGCGUCUCUACCAGCUCAGCACGCCGAGGGAGGAGUUCGCGGGCAUCCCAGCGAACCAGGUCCAAGUCGCCUUGUCGUAUAAUGGGGCCAGUGUCAGCCCAGUGACAGCUUCUACCGCGGCGCAGAAGGUCUCCGGGCCGCAGGCACGGCAGGCCGCUGGAGCCAACAACAAUCUCCAACUACUACAGACCUACCUUUUCGUGGGGCAGGUCGACGCGGACAAGAUGCAACUCGAGAUGAACAUGGCCGCCCUCGAAGCGCUCGUCAUGCCGACGGUGACACUCUCUGCUGUCAACGCUGCCGGACAGACCGUCAACACUACCGUAUCUUCAAACGAGGCAGCCUUCGUCACUGGUGUGUUCUCUGACAUGGUCGUGUUGUCGGACACGGCCAAGGCGCAGGUUGCCGUGGACCAGGUCACCCAGGGACUAAACAACGGAACGAUAGCCUUCGUGCUGCCGGGUGUCAACCUGCUCAUCUUCCCGAUCGGCCUGAUCAUCUGUGGCGCAUGGACUGUCAUCGGCGCGGCGGUCAUCGGCUUUGGAUUCUUCGAGCGUGUGCAAUACCGCGAGUCAUACAGGAGGAGGUCAGCCAUUGCCAGCAAGGGCUCUGCGACGAGGAGGAUAUAA